UAUCCUAUUUUUCGGCCCCGUCAGUACCACUUGGCUGACACGGUCUCCACAGGGGUUUCCCAGGGUGUGCACCCCGCCAGGGUCCCUGAGUGGCAGGGUACGUACAGGGUGUGGGAUCAGUACCCUCGCAGGGUACCCACCCUGCCAUUGGGUCAAGCCUGCAGCGUAGUCUUUCCACGGUGACCUUCACAGGGUGAAAUCUCCCCACCCUGGCAGGGUAGCCGAAUGGCUACGGGUGUAGUAUUGCCUACGUACGGGAGUUGUUCGUCGGUGCUUCUGUGGCGGAAGACACACGUGUCCCACACGGGGUUGUAGUUUUUUUUUUUUUGCCUUCUGACAAUUGCAGAUGUACCUCAGAAAAGAAUCACUUGAUGUCUCAUACUCUACAUGACAUGAAUAUUAAAUACGAAGUACAAAACAUAGAUAUGUAGGACUUAUUUCUACUGUCACUUACAUCGUAAAAAUAUCUCCUCUUCAAUUUGAAAUAAAACCAAAGACAAUCCUCAUGGUAUCCUACAUGCGUUCGUAAGCUUGCUAAAAUACUACUGCGUUGAUGUCCUCUUGUAAAAUAAGCUGAUAUCCAACACAUGCUUUGAUCCAUGCUACAUAUCCGUGUUGGAAAAGCCCUUUCUUCUCCGUUCAUGAUAACAUCUUACCCUAUUCUACGCAAAUCUGUCACAUCUACUCUCAAACAAGACGUCAACUUCAAACGAAAACGCGUUCUACGAUGCGUCUACCCUCUAUCCCCAUAUCAUUGGCGUUGAUCGAGGUCGAUCUUGUUCGCCUGUUUUCGGCGUCUUGACGCCCGCGCAAUGCGAGCUUGUACCUCUGCACUCGCCGAGAUAUGGCCACCUGUGUAACCACCGAAACGAUCUGAAGAAGUCGUUCCUUGAAGACUCCUUUCAGAGCCAUCGUUCCUCCGUCCCUUCCUCCCACGGCAUGCGUCGCAAGUUCAUCGAUGAACUCGUAACCCUCCUCUCCAAGGCGGCCAAAGCUUUCCACGGCUAAGGUGGUAAGUUUAAAGCUGCGUUCGUCAAAGGACACGUGUCCCGGACGAGCGUAGACUAUAGUGCUGACGCUUUCGCGCCUCGGAUGCUUGGGCUGCGGUUCCAUCGCUGGUCGCGCUGCCGUUCCGCAAGUGUACCUGUGCUUGUGGGUCUGCGUGUGUGACAUCGAGGAGUAUUCCUUUGUUGCGGUACCCCGGAGAAGAUGCGUUCGUGAGGGCUCCUGGCCUGAUGACGAUCUCCAUGCUCAGGUU